AUGUCCUUCUCAGUUGUAGACUUCAUUAGUUCUGGAGUGUUUUUAGGAUGGAUCCUUCAGGUGUACCACACGGUGUUGACCUAUCAUGUGGUCUAGGUUACAGAUGACCAGCUAGAGGCAGCAGGCGACAGGACUGGGGCAGUCAGUGUGGUCUCCACUGCUGCAUUUACUGGAGCACAGCAAGCAGUAGCACAUGUUGUCAUUCAGAACCCCUUCAGUAAUGGGGGUAGUCCUGCGGAGGAGAUGGUGGGAGAGGAGAUGCGUUUUGUCUAUUUCUCUGCUGACACAGUCAGAGAUGGGGCAGCCAAAGCCGUGUCGGUGCAGGCUGACCCAACAUUUACACAGGCCGGAGGUCACUUCAAUGUGAUGAUGAGCCCACCUGAUGUGUUGCAAGCUGGCACUCCACGGACCAUUGCCCCUCGCACACACACGUACACCAGAGACCUUGGUGAAAAGUAGACUCUACAGCAUGGCAGUUUAAAUUGGAAGAUGGAUGGCCCACGGGCACCUUGGGAGAGAAGAGCACAACACAAUGAAAUGGAGAGGCGGAGAAGAGACAAGAUUAACAGCCGGAUCAUCACUCUCUCAAAGAUCAUCCUAGACUGCAACAUAGACAGUACUAAGACUGGAGCAAAGAAAGGAGGGAUCUUGUCGAAAGUGUGUGACUACUUCUGGGAGCUGAGACAGAAAAACCAACGACUGCAGGACCACUUCAAAGAGAUGUUGAGAGUUCAGGCGGACAACCAGCUACUCACACAACAGCUUCUGGUUCUAAUUGAUUUAUUCAAAGCCCCAUAA